GCUUGCAGAUCGCAUAUGGCAUAUGCUUGCAGAUCGCUUAUGGCAUAUGCUUGCAGAUCGCAUAUGCUUGCAGAUUGCAUAUGCUUGCAGAUCACAGAUGGCAUAUGCUUGCAGAUCGCAUAUGCUUGCAGAUCGCAUAUGCUUGCAGAUCAUAUAUGCUUGCAGAUCGCAUAUGCUUGCAGAUCGCAUAUGGCAUAUGCUUGCAGAUCGCAUAUGGUAUAUGCUUGCAGAUCGCAUAUGGCAUAUGCUUGCAGAUCGCAUCGCAUAAUGGCAUAUGCUUGCAGAUCGCAUAUGGCAUAUGCUUGCAGAUCGCAUAUGGCGUAUGCUUGCAGAUCGCAUAUGGCAUAUGCUUGCAGAUCACGUAUGCUUGCAGAUCACAUAUGCUUGCAGAUCGCAUAUGGCAUAUGCUUGCAGAUUGCAUAUGCUUGCAGAUCGCAUGUGCUUGCAGAUUGCAUACGGCAUAUGCUUGCAGAUCGCAUAUGGCAUAUGCUUGCAGAUCGCGUAUGCUUGCAGAUCACAUAUGGCAUAUGCUUGCAGAUCGCAUAUGCUUGCAGAUCGCAUAUGUUUGCAGAUUGCAUAUGCUUGCAGAUCGCAUAUGCUUGCAGA